AUGAAAGAGGAAACAGAAUAUGAGCUCGAGCGCCAAAAGAUCAUCGCCGAGAACCAGGCUCUGCUCACGUCCCUAGGCCUCGAAGCGGACGGUGAGGCCAAGCUCAACCUCCCGGCCAAAUCAGUGGCGCCAAAGCCCAAGAAGGCGGCAGCGUCGAGAAAGCGCAAAGCCGAGCCUGUCGAACACGCGCCUGCGAGGCGAAGUGGCCGCAUCGCUGGUCUCGAGGCAGACGGGCAGGAGAUCGCCAAGCGCAAUGAGGCAGAGGAGGUUGCUCGCGAGGUCGCCCGCGUUGCCAACAGGAAGGAAAGGCAGCAGAUUAUGCCCAUUGUCGACAUGGUCGAGGAGACGCCCGAGUCCUUGAUUCCCGAGUUGGCAGUGUACCUUCCCUCCGUUGCUGCGUCCGAGACGGCGCGCACCUUCCCCUCGACGUCGGCGACAGCGAAGGAAGCCUACGCCGACAAGAGCGCCACGAGCGCCGAGGUCGAGCGCCUCAAGUCGGCCUUCUCGAACAUGACCCUGCGUGCCAACUCCAAGGUCACGACCGAGCGCGUCUUCAGCAUGGUGGUGCACCCCGAACCGACCAAGACGCUGGUGCUCGUCGGCGACAAGUAUGGGCAGCUGGGAAUCUGGGACGCCCUGGGACCUGGGCCCGCCGUGAGCGACGACGAGAGCGAGGAUGACGGCACGGGGCGUAUCUGGCGUGUGCAGGCUCAUGCGAGAAAUAGCAUCACGGCCAUGAAGGUGGACCCAGUGAACGGGUCAAGCCUCUACACCUCGUCCUACGACUGCACGCUCCGAAAACUCGACUUUGCGACCCUCACCUCCACCGAGCUGUUCGCCUUCGACGACGAGGACAUGCUCAUCACGCACUUCGACCUCACGCCGUCGGGCCAGGAGGCGUGGAUGUCGGACAAGAAUGGCGGCAUCAGCCACUGCGACUUCCGUGAGGGCGGGGAGCGGCGGCGGUGGGUCGUCCAGGACGAAGGGAGAGCCGCCAAGCUUGGCGGCAUCAGCGUUAAUCCCCUGAUGCCGCACCUCAUCUGCACGGCCGGAAAUGACCAGCACGUCAGAGUCUGGGACGUGCGGCACUUCUCCAAGCUCAACCCCCUGGCAGCUGAGAAGCUCAGCCCCCCAGCCCCACCAGAGGGCGAGGACGUCAAGCCGCGCAUCGACACAUAUCCCACCAGCAGUAUCGAGAACGAGCGUGUGCAGAAGUACUUGCAGACGCCGAAGGGCAAGGGGCUCCAGCGGGCAGCGUACCAGCACGGCAAAAGCUGCUCAGCGGCCUACUGGGACCCGUGGGGUCGGCGGAUCGUCACUACCAGCUACGACGACAAACUGCGCGUGUGGGAGCUCAACCCGCAGUCGUUUGUCAUUGACCAGCCGCUGGCCGGGCCGUUCAAGCCGUCCACGAUCAUAAAGCACGACUGCCAGACUGGUCGAUGGCUCACGAUCCUGCGCGCGCAGUGGUCUCUCAACACGGAGUACAUGCCACACUUCACUGUUGGCAACAUGAAGCGCACGCUGGAUGUGUUCACAGCGACGGGCGAGCGGAUUGCCGCGCUCUGGACUGACGGUGUCACUGCCGUGCCGGCUGUCACCGCAUCCCAUCCCAGCCGUGUCGACCACGUUGUUGGCGGCAACACGUCUGGCCGGAUCCAGCUGUGGACAUCAGGCGCCGAGUAGUAGGCGCUGAGCAGGCCGACACCUACCGGCAAUCGCGGACAUGACACGGAUCCAGCUCACGGCGCCCGCUUCCUUGAGCUCCUCGCCCGGCUAUCACGAUCAUCUCGCGCCUCUCAUUGCAUAGAAGCCCGUAAUCGGAG